AUGACUAAUCUUACGAGUCGAAUGGCCGUUUUUGGACCAAACAUGAUGUUUACGGAUCUAAGAUGUUCUCCAUCAUGUACGCGUGCUGGAGUACAUGGUUCAAUGUCCAUCUGUCCUCCAGAUUGCUUUGAGUACAAAGGAACACUUGAUGUUUUCUACAAAAUUAUUCGACAGGAGGGAUUUGGAAGAUUAUGGCGAGGCACCAAUGUUGGCCUUGCAUUGGCUAUACCAACUGUGGGAAUCUAUUUGCCUUGCUAUGACAUCUUCUGGAAUUGGUUUGAAGAGUAUGCAGCUGAAAAUGCUCCAAGCAUGACACCGUAUGCCGCUUUGCUGGUCGGGACAAUGGCUGGAGGAGCUGCAGAUUAUCAGUUUUGGCACAUAAAUUUAGGCAUUAAGCUUUUAUCUUCUGUACCCACCCGUGGAAGACACUCCUGUGGACUUGUCGCUUGCUCAAGAAGCCCCUUCAAAAUCGCCGAUGGUCCCGCUAGCUCCACUGUCGGAAAUCCAGAUGAAAUUGCAAAACUUUUCCCAUCCCAGUUUGGGCAACCAUCAACAAUAUUGGUGCCAGGGUUGAUGAAAGCGAAUAGCUCUCGAGUUAGAAGUGGAAAAGAAAGCUCAAGCCGAAACAGAUAAGAUGCUGAAAAUGCAAGUGUUGUAUUCUUCAUUUCAAUUGUUAGUAUGAAACAUAGAGUAGAUUAGAUGAAUGCAAAUUUAUAU